AUGGCCGCGUCGCGCGCAGCAACGCCACAAGCGCCGGCAUCACGAGCAUCACUUGCUCUUCUCCUAUUGACGCUCUCGAAGCAGCGCUACGCGGAGCGCCACGGCUACGGCUGGCAGUUCGACAUGGUCGACGCGAUGUUGCGCCUGUUCGCCGACAACGGCAACGCCACCCGGUGCACGUUCCUCGACAGCGAUACGCUCGUCCUGCGCCCCGACCGGUCGCUCGAGUCGAUCUUUGCGCAGACGCGCGCGCCGAGCGGAGACGCGAGUGGCGGCGGCAGCAGCCUGAGCGUCGCGCGUCGCGGGCCGCGCUGCAGCGUCGACCUGCAGGCUGACCCGAUGAUGCUCAACGCCGGCUUCAUCUCGGUGCGCCGCACGCGGUGGGUGCUCGAGAGCUUCCUGCCCACGUGGCUCAGCUACUCGCGCGACCCUCACUUUUACUUCCGGUCGCGGCGCGAUGCCAACUUCCAUGCGCCGGAGCAAGCCGCACUCGUCGCCACCGUGCUGCACUUUGCGUUGCGGAGCGUCCCUUCGCCGGAUCGCCUCGCUCCGCUGCUCGGCGCUGAGGAACGGAGGUUGCUCCUCGCAGCCCGCGCCAACUCGAGCCUGCACGUGUGCACCGACCCACACUUGCGCGCCGAGAUGCACGCCAAGGCGGUGGCGUACUUCGCAGCGCACCCGGAGCUGCCGGACCCGUCGCUGCGAGGGUCCGUCGGGACCAUGUCCGCGUACAUGGCGAAGAUGCGCCGACCGACCCACCGGCUGUACGCGUGCGCCGCCGGGGCGCCCAGCCACAGCCCAACCUUUUCCGGCCCGCGGUCUGCAAACUAA